CUCAACAGAUCAAUAAUGGUCCAACACAGCAUCCUCCAGCUUAGUAGUAGAGAGCGGAUGAGAGAGUGAGGGUAAAAGGGGUGGUAGAGAGAAGCCCCUCUGGUAAAGCCAAGAGGAAGCCAGUAAAGACACAGUGUUUCACAAGGAAACAGUCAAGGUCCAAUGUCCGUAAAAAGUGCUUCAAUUACACAGUGCACAUGUGAAAAUUAUAAUGCGCGGAUUUAUACGUGGUAUACUGUAUUGUGCUCUGUGGUAUGGUAGUAUAGUAGCAGGCUUUUUAUUUAUUGCCUGUCCGUCCCUACCGUUGUUCUUGUUCAGCCCACCGAAAUUCCGAAAAUAUGGAGAUCUCUUAUUUUCGUGCUGGGAGCUUUACCCUACCGCCUUGUUAAACAUGUUUGGUGUAAAGAUUUAUGUGUCUGGUGAUCAUAUAUUUCCUAAUGAAUCAGCUGUGCUUGUAAUGAAUCACAGAACAAGGGUGGAUUGGAACUUUCUAUGGGCGGCGAUGUACCAAGCGUGUAUGCCUAAUGUAGCUUGUCAUAGAUUGAAAUUCGUUUUGAAGGAUCCUAUACGACACAUUCCCGGUCCAGGAUGGAUCAUGCAAAUGAACAGUUUCCUUUACAUAACACGACGCUGGGAAGAAGAUCAAGGCCGGUUGUCACGUAUUCUCGAUUAUUUUAUCGCAUUAGAUAGUCGUACACAAUUGUUGAUAUUUCCUGAGGGUACCGAUUUAACGAGAAGCAGCAAGGAAAAAUCAGAUAAAUAUGCGUUACAGCAUCAUUUACCACAAUACAACUACACUCUACAUCCAAAGACAACUGGCUUCGCCUAUCUGGUGCAACAUCUUCAACAAGCGAAUUAUCUCGAUGCCGUGUAUGAUUUGACGAUAGCAUAUCCCGAUUACAUACCGCAGUCUGAAAUUGAUUUGAUCAAAGGCAAAUUGCCGGGCGAGGUGCACUUCCAUAUAAAGCGAAUACCCUCCGCGGAGAUACCAACGCACGAGUCGACGUUGAGAAAGUGGCUGGAGAAUAAAUGGUCUGACAAGGAGAGAAUAUUGAAACAAUUUUACGAAGAGAAAACUUUCUCCUCCGCCGAAAUCUGGCCGAUGGCGAAAAUGCUACCACUGCGAGCUGCGUUUGGAUUCUGGAGUAUAUUGACAGGAAUGAUGGUACUUUUACUCAUUAUUUCACCAAUCUUUCAACUAUGGACUUUGAUACAUACAGCGUUUUUCGUCACGUUGUCGAUUUUCAGUACGAGCUUUAAUCAGAUCGAGAUUGAAUGGUAUUCGCGUUGGAAGAACUAUCCUUUCCAAACCAAGCGUAGUUAAUCGAGAAUAUAUUUUGACUUGAUGUUCUUUAGAGGAUUAUAUAGCUCUCUUUAUCUCUGUGAUAAUGUUGUGUACAUAUAAAAUCGAAAUUAGAAGAGAAAUGUAAUUUCAAGAAUCUUGUGCAAUAUCAUGUAAUUGUAAACGUAUGUCUGUGUGUAAUUGUUUACUGCACUGUUUCAAUUCUUUUAUGUUUAUAUAUCUCAACGUCUUAGUCUUAAAAACAGUGGUAUAUAACAAAGUGAGAGUGUAUACAAUUGCCUAAUAAUAGAUAAUUGAAGUUUGUCCUCCAAUCAUAUAUUAUGCUAUCUUUAAAAAAAAGAGAGAGAUGUAAAGAUGGAUG